AUGGUUCCUCACGCGCUUCUCAUUCCUUUUCCUGCACAGGGUCACAUUAAUCCCAUGAUGCAACUUGCCUGGAAGCUCGUCUCCCAUGGUUUCCUCCUCACUUUCCUCAACUCUGACAGUAAUCAUAACAGCAUACUCAAAGCCAACGCUCCAAAUUCUUUGCAUGAUAACAUCCGAAUGAUAUCCGUUCCCUUUGAAUUCCCAGUUAUGGAUACUCUGGAAGGCGUUGGAAAUGGCAUGGACGCAGUGGAAAAGUGCAUGGGGCCUUCUGUUAUUGAUAGAGUAAUUCAGGAAAUAAAUGCCAGGGAAGAAGAAAACAAGCUCACCUGUAUAAUUGCAGACGCCUGGAUGUCCUUUGGUUUACACCCGCUAGCCACGCUUCACAAAGUUCCCCUCGCCGUUUUCCACACUGCUCCCGUUUCAAUCUUCGCCAUUCACUACUUCAUUACCAAUAUGGUCUCACUUGGUGUCGUUUCAUCCGAUGGAAUUCCAAAGCAAGAUCAAAAAACAAAAUAUCUUCCCUCCAUGCCGCCGCUGCGUUCUGGAGAUCUUACGUGGUUGUGGGGAGGCGAAUACUUUUUUCGGAAAGGUACUCGCAUGGCACAAGAAAUCAAGCACAUUAAAUGGAUCCUCUUCAAUUCUUUCUUAGAGAUCGAAGCUCCAGUAGUCGAAACGUUGUCCAAAGAAGUGGGCGUGUAUCCAAUAGGCCCUCUAAUUCCUCCUGAGUUUCUCCAUAGUACGGCGAGCACGAAGGUCCUGCCAAGCUUACGGAAACAUGAGACGGAAUGCUUACAAUGGCUAGAUAAACAGUGUACCCACUCUGUGAUCUACAUAUCCUUUGGAAGUACUGGAAUUAUGAGUGAAAAGCAAGUGGAAGAGCUUGCGCUGGGAUUAGAUGCCACACAGAGACCAUUUCUGUGGGUUGUGCGCUCCGAUCUGAUGAAAGGAAGCGAAGCUAUUUUACCUGCUGGUUUCUUGGAGCGAGUGAGAGAUAGAGGUUGCAUAGUUUCCUGGGCGCCACAGUUAGAGGUGUUAUCUCAUCCUUCCUUAGCCUGUUUUGUGACUCACUGUGGGUGGAACUCUGUGCAGGAAAGCAUCACCAUGGGCGUGCCUAUGCUUUGUUGGCCUUAUUUUGCAGACCAGUUUAUUAACCGAACGUAUGUUGUGGAUGUGUGGAAGUUGGGUUUGCCGUUGGAUGCGAAUAGCCAAGGAAUUCUAGAGAAGGAAGAAUUUUUGAAAGGUGUAGAGAUUUUACUGGAAUCGGAACAAGGCCUUGAGAUAAGAGAGGAAGCGAGAAAAUUGAAAGGAAUUGCUAGGGAUACAAUCAAGGACGGGGGCUCUUCAUGGAAUAACUUUAAUCUCUUUUUGACUGCCAUGAAGAGACAACCAAAUGAAUGA